AUGCACAGUGCCAUGGACGAGGCAGCAGUGGCAGAGCAAGAAUACCAGGCCAAGUUCCAUCGGGUGUUCAAGCACAUGAUCGACCGGCUCGGGCAGCCCCUGGUCACGGCCGAGGCCACCCUCAACCGGGUGCACGCCGACAUGGGCACCUGCCCUCCGCCCACCCCCAGCCCCUCCCUCCAGCCCCGCACCGAGCAGGGCCAGCUCAUCUACCAGACGCUGUCGCAGGCCGAGCAGGUGCACCAGAGUCUCCUCCUCCUCGAGCAGGUGCUCCUGCAGAGGAAGGAGGCGCGCAUGGGAGCGGUGCCGGCGGGCACGGGGACCAGCGGCGGCAGUGCGUUCGCGGGGUGGGCGGCUCCGUCCCUCGGGGAGGCUGAAUGGGGGUCGGGCAGCGACGACCAGCAGGAGCCCAUCCCGGCCUACGAAGUGGAGGAGGCGGAGAAGAAGGCGCCCGUGGCCGAGUACAACUUCCGGGAGAUGGACAGCCUCUCCGUUCCCUACACUCAGAUGGGCCUCAUGACGACGGUGCCGGACCAAAAGGGGCUGGCGAAGAAGGCCCAGCAGCAGCAGGGCGAGGCGGUGGUCAAGAAGGACGUCAUCGGCGGGCUCGAGACCGAUUGGGACGCGCCCUGCCGCGCCAAGAUGCAGAAGAUCCCCUGGAACUGCAAGGUUCCCAUCACCCUGACCGUGAAUAUCCCUCGGAAGCGGUACUUUGCGGGGGACAAGAUGGAGCUGCACGUCGAGAUUCACAACAUGACCGAAAAGAAGAUCAAGCAGCUCACCUGCACCCUCAUCAAGAAGAGCACCUCCUACGUCCUCUCCCAGGGCCUGCGCAACGUCAACUCCAAAAAAGACGAGGAGGUCAUCAACCUGGAGGUGUCGCCGCUGGGGUUCCCGGUGAAGGGCCGGUUUCGGUACCAGAACCGGGUGUUCUUCAAGCUGCCCUUCACCCUGGCCCCGACCGUCAGCGACGGGCAGUCGUCGUUCGAGGUCGUCUACUACCUCAAGGUGAGGACGGGGACGGCGCGCAAGAACGGUCCCUUCGUGGUGCUGGGUCCGCUCAAGAUCGAGCAGCGGCGCAUUUGA